AUGUCGCGAGACGCUGGCGAUACUGGUCAUAUGGUUUUGACAUUGAUUCCUAAGGAGUCAUCUGCUUGUAUUCGCAGAAGAACGUGCUCUGGAUGUCUUGAACAUGCACAGAGGCGUUUCCUUGCACAAGCCCUGCUGGCCGGUGAGGAUCACCAUCUCAGGAUCUUGAGGAUCUCAUAG